AUAGAAUUUUAUUUAGAAAAUCGGAAAAUUAUGCAGGAAAAUAAAGUAAGAAAGGACUGCAAAAAAUGUUUAAAUUGAAAUCUAUGUACUAAAAAGAGUACGAGUACAUUCAUUUGCAAUUAUUACAUGUUGAGGAUAAAUAUAACUUUAAAACUAAUAUAAUACCAGACAUUUUAGAGAUUGCCAGCGAUGUCCGAAUCAUAUGAAUAUCUGUUUAAAUUCUUAGUGAUAGGAAGUGCUGGCACAGGAAAAUCAAGUUUACUUAAUAAUUUUAUAGGAAACAAAUUUAAAGAAGAUAGAUGCCACACUAUUGGAGUCGAGUUUGGUUCUAAAAUAGUAAAUAUUGGAGGGAAAUCUACAAAGUUACAAAUAUGGGAUACAGCGGGACAGGAACGGUUUCGGUCUGUGACACGCUCAUAUUACAGAGGUGCAGCUGGAGCCCUGCUAGUGUACGAUGUCACAUCACGUGAUUCUUUUAAUGCCCUUGCUAAUUGGCUGAGGGAUGCUCGCACAUUAGCCAGUCCUAACAUUGUCAUAUUACUAGUGGGCAACAAAAAGGACUUGGAGGAAUCCAGGGAAGUGACAUUUACAGAAGCUAGUCAAUUCGCACAAGACAAUGAAUUAAUGUUCCUUGAAACCAGUGCUAAAACUGGAGAGAAUGUGGAAGAAGCCUUCUUAAAGUGUUCUAAAACAAUUCUUGCAAAAAUAGAAACUGGAGAAUUGGACCCUGAAAGAAUAGGUUCUGGUAUUCAGUAUGGCACAGCAACAUCAAAGAGGCUGACUGCACCAAAGAAACCUGCAAGAACACCAUCUGAUUGUGCCUGUCAUGUCUAAAGUUAGUACCUAUACAAUCAACCAAUAAUUUUAAUGAAUAUUUGAUUGAGCUAUAUAUUACUGACUAUUAUUCCCUUUUUAAAAUAAUGUGAUGUUUUACAUGACAUAACUUUUAGAUUAUAAGUAAACUAAGAUUCUAGUUAUUGAGUUAUAAAUUCAAUAACAUUCUUGAUAGCAUUCUGUGAACUGAAUCUCAGUGUUUCUAUUUCAAUUUAUUUUUGGAAGAAUGUUGUAUCUCAUUACCAGGUUGUCUAAGACAAAAUUUCUAAUUGUUGAAAUAAUUUAUAAUUUAAUUUUGCAUACAAUAUAUUAUUACUUAGGAAAUAUCUGUGAAUAUAAAAUAGGAAUAGUAAUAGGCUUUACUGCAUACACUGUCUAUGUUAUUCACUGAAUGUUUAUAUUAUAUUCUGAUAUUCUGAUAAAACAAAUUCUAAGAAAUGUUUGUGGCUUCAAACUAUAAAUUGAUUUUUAACAGUCAAUUAUAACAUUUUAAUUAAUAAGUUGAUAAAAUGACAAAAUUUUUAAAUAAUUUAUAUUUUGGUGAAAACAAAAAGUAAUAUAGUAAUAUGUAUUUUUUCCCUAGUCAGGAGGGGGUUAAAAUCUUGAUAAAUAAUUCAACUUGAACUGUGUAAACAGUAUACAUAAUAUUAGCCAGUGUUCUCUUCUUGAUUGAUUAAAAUAAUCCCCAAAGAAUGCUUAAUAUUAGUUGACUUUUGAGUAGAAAAUAUAAUAAAUGUAAGCUUAACACUUAAUAUCUAGUUUAUACCAAACUUGCACUUGUAGAUGUGAAAAUUGUAAUCUUCUCAAAGAUUGUUAUUACUUAUCCCAUAAGUGGAUUUAUUCCUAUUUCGUUAAUGUGAAUAUACUGUCAAUGUAUUUGUGACAAUAAAGAAAGCUAAAAUCAUUUUGAU